AUGAAAACGGAAAGCAAUGGUACACCACUAAAUCCAGCAGAAGUAAGUUUAAUUAUAAUCUGCCUUAAGUAUAAAUAUAUUGUGUUAAAAUAUUACCUUAGUAUGUCCUAUUAAAGCAAUACUUUGUUUUACAUAAAGUUAUAUAUCUCGGUUUCGGUUGAUUAAUAAGUCUGGCCUGUCUUCUUCUCUUCGGUUCUGAAGCAUAGUACUUCCAAAAAGAGCCUGUCAAAAAGUAAUGUAAUUGAUUUAUUUUUGUUUUAGAAAUCAUGAGGAACUGAGAUUUUAUUCCGUGUUACCUUUUAGGGUCCAUCCACCGCCGAUUUACGGCAGAACAUGGCCCAUCUGACCCUAGUUGAGAAGCAGAAGACGUUUUCCAAGGCAUAUCUUCUCGAGAAAGAAACAGCACUCCAGGUAAUCCUUGCGUCAAAUCUUUAUUAUUAUGAACAGAAAUUUGUGGAGAGCUCUGUUUUAUGCAAUUGAUUUUAUUAUUCCAUCUGAGAUCAUAAAAUUUCUGAAAUAUUUUAGCAGUUCUCCUCCUGGUCUGAGCACGAACAAACAGAUUUUGUGAAGACCAUCCUUCAGAAAAUGUGCCAUCAUCAACACGGUCAGAUCGACCAGUUCCUUCAGCCGAUGUUGAAACGAGACUUUAUCAGCCUAUUACCAGGUAAUAUUUGAUUCUCGUUUUAUUUAUGAAUUUAGAUGGUCUGGAAGAAAAUGUCCUUUCUCAUCUUGAUGCAAAGAGUCUGGUGGCUAGUGCCGCUGUCAGUAAAACAUGGAGGAAUAAAAUUGCUAACUGCAUGUUGUGGAGGAAAUUAAUUGAACGAAGGGUGAAGUCAGACUCCGUGUGGAGGGGAUUAAGCGAGAAACGGGGAUGGUCAGUUGUUCUACUGUUAGCGUAUGAUGUUGCUUAGAAAGUUUCACGUUGUUUUUUUGUAAAUUUCAGGAAGAAGUACUUGUUUAUGUCAAAGGAAUUGGCAGCCAUUCAAAUUGCCACAUCGCAGGGAUGGACUCGGAAUGAAGCAGAAGAUUAUAUCCGCGAACAUCCUGAUAUGCUUAGUUAUUUACACGAAUUUUAUUGUCAUUUGUAUCGAAAUAUUAAUAAGGAUAUAGCUCAAAUUGAGGAGAAUUGGAGGACCGGCAAGCACAAACUUCAGAGGAUAAAUUGUGAAUCCGAAAACAACCGAGGUGAGCUUUCUUUGACUCUUUUUCAUCUCUUCUUAGGUGUAUACUGUCUACAAUAUGAUGACGAGAAGAUUAUUUCGGGUCUCAGAGAUAAUACGAUAAAAAUAUGGCGCAGAUCAGAUCUGCAAUGCGUCCAGACUCUCGUCGGGCACACAGGAUCAGUGUUGUGUCUUCAAUAUGAUGAACGAAUAAUAGCUAGUGGAAGUAGUGACUCCACUGUCAGGUAUGUGGUCAUUUAAUAUGAUUUCAGUAUGACUUAUCUUUAAUAACGUCGACUGUUCAGGAUAUGGGAUGUACAUACUGGACAAUCCUUGAACACUUUAAUCCACCAUUGUGAAGCCGUUCUUCAUCUCCGAUUCCAGAAUGGAAUGUUGGUAACAUGUUCCAAAGAUCGAUCAAUAGCUGUAUGGAACAUGAAUUCCCCUACGGAGAUAGACUUGAGACGAGUAUUGGUUGGUCAUAGGGCCGCAGUGAACGUGGUAGACUUUGACACCACUUACAUUGUUUCCGCAAGCGGAGAUCGGACGAUAAAAGUGUGGAGUGCAGAUACUUGUGAAUUUGUGAGGACACUGAAUGGCCAUCGAAGGGGCAUUGCUUGUUUACAAUAUAGAGACAGGCUCGUCGUCAGUGGAUCCAGCGACAAUUCCAUACGGUAAGUUCUCAUUGAAUUGAAUUAACAUUCUUCUUUGAUUAGGUUAUGGGAUAUUGACGGAGGGAACUGCUUACGCGUCCUCGAAGGUCAUGAAGAACUAGUUCGAUGCAUCCGCUUUGAUUCGCGGAGGAUUGUUUCCGGUGCGUAUGAUGGGUAAGGAUAAAGAGAGAAGGGUUAUCCUAUUUUUUAGCAAACUGAAAGUUUGGGAUCUCACUGCUGCUUUGGACUUGCGAUACCAGAACAGUGCGAUUUGUCUGAAUACACUAUCGGUAAGUUGUCUUUUUAAUCAGGUUGAUAGCACCUGACAUAUUGAAUUGCAUCUUAUUUUAGGAGCAUACGGGUCGAGUGUUCAGGCUUCAGUUCGAUGAUUUCCAGAUCGUCAGUUCCUCUCAUGAUGAUACGAUUUUGAUCUGGGACUUCUUGAAUGUUGGUACGGGAGCUCGGAGUCUGACUCCCUAUCGCCACAAACAAGGCCCUUACUUCAACCCGGCGGACGCAGCUAAACGGGUAGCAGUGCCUGAACAAAAACCUAGUCCAAGACCUGUCGAGGGCGGAGACCGGCUUCAAAAUGGUGUCCAUGAACAGAUGGAUGUAGAUGGAGAAGAAGAAGAAGACGAAGAGGGUCGUCCCGGUCCUUUGUCAGAAUCCGAGUCUGAUGAUGACGAAGAUGUUCCCCCGGCCCCACAAUAA